CACACGCUGGGCCAGCAGACAGUUUCAGCUCUCAGCAACUGAUGCACAGACAGCUGCUGUUUCUCCCUUCCCCUCCUUUUGCUCCCCUAACCAUUCUCCUUUCGUGUCUUCCCUACACUGCCUCCAUUCAUUCCCUCUGUACUUUCCCCUUCCUUCUCUCUACUCUCAUUCUGCCCUGAACUUUUUCCUCAGGCAGACAGAAAAGUAGGUCCUGUUGGAGGGAGAGGGCUUGUGUAAUCUCUGGCUGCACAUGAGCACCAGAGAGUUAUUGCUUCAGUUGGAAAGGCAACAUAACAGAAGACCCGCAAACGAGUGAAGGACAAACUUUGGAAUAAGGGGAGAAAGAAGGAAUACCUCCAAGACAGGAAGGGAGGUGAAGGAGGGAGACUCAGAAAGAGUUUGGAGUUGGGGUGCAGGACACGGACCAUGCCGGGCUCUGUGGUGCUGGUGCUGUCCCUGUUGGUCCUGUCCACAGGAAGUGAUGCCAGACGAAUCAAGAAAAGAGGACUCAACCAUAAGGACUAUGAAUACCCAAACCACCCUCAGUCCACACAGCACCAGAAGAAUGACCGGUGUCCACCGCCGCCCCAGAUGCUGCCAGAAAGAGCCUGUGAGGUGCCAGGCUGCCGCUCAGAUUCAGAGUGUGAGCGCCAUAAACGCUGCUGCUACAAUGGCUGCAUCUACGCCUGCCUGGAGUCUGUGCAGCCACCUCCAGUGUUGGACUGGCUGGUGCAACCCAAGCCUCGGUGGUUGGGGGGUAAUGGCUGGCUGUUAGAUGGCCCUGAGGAGGUUCUGCAGGCUGAGGCCUGCAGCACCACUGAGGAUGGAGACGAGCCUCUCCACUGUCCUACAGGCUACGAGUGCCACAUCAUCAACCCAGGAAACCCUGCUGCUGGCAUCCCUAACCGGGGACAGUGCAUCAAGCAACGUGGCAACUCCGAUGGACGUGGUCUGAGGCACAAAUACUUCAAGGACUACAAGGAUUACUUAGGUAAGUGAGGUACCAGUUCUAACAAUGCAGUAGGCUACGAAAAACAUCACCACAAGCAUCUGGGAUGAAGUACGUUUUCAGCCACUUUCAACCAUCAUAUUAAAAACCAAAGACCCUUGAACCUUUAUCUCCCUUUAGACAAAGCCUUAUGGAUUUUUUUUGUUGUUGUAUCUGCUCUCAGAUCAACCUGACCUCAGCCCCAGCUACGACCAUAACACAACCUCAGACAUCAGCUCCACUCCUGUUCGAUCUGCUCUCAUCACAGCUGAACCAGGAUCAGAACUGACCUUUUUACCAGACCUACAGCUGCUACCUCCUCUUUGCAAAGCCCGCGUCUUGCGGCCUCAGUCGCGAAGUCCUUUGGGAGACGAGUCUGAAGUGUCUACAGUACACAACCAAAGAAAUAAGUGCUUUUUUUUUAUCUCUCUGCCUGGUGUCUGUGAAAGGAUGGAGCAGAGGGUGUCGAUGUUGAAGCAGAGGUGAGGCGAGCAGGGCGUGCACCAAAGCUUUUUAAUGUCUCAAAAGGAAAUAAGGAACCCAUGCCAUUUCUUUUUCAUUUCUUUACAACCUGCUCAUUUUUAUUGUCACACACUCUCUUACCUUAAGGCUUGGUCAGCAGAGAAAAUCAAGACCAUGUGGCCCAGUUACCCAUUCUGUCUCUCCUGUUCUCAGAAGGACGGUGCUCAAGUUUCCAGAUCUGAAAUGUGGAAAGUUUUAUGGACAAAUCGAAAAAAAAAUCCAACAUUAGUGGCUGCAUCUUUAAAUCAAAUCCAAAUGGGGUUUAAUAUUCUAAUAACUUUAAUUAAAAUAACAAAUGCCAUAUGAGUGUGUGGAUUGUGUCAGUUUCAAUAUAUUUGGAACAGCUGUAGAUUAGUUCCAGCCAACAGAUGCUGACCGUGACUUCAUUGCUGUGAAAAGCAAAUUAAAGUUAGGUAAAAGAGUUUAUUUCAGAGGUCCAUUGGAGAUUUAAAGGGAUAAAAAAAAAAAAACACCUUUAAAUAAGCUUACAUGGGCAAGUGUUUGGUACUGAAAAGAUUCAGUUUGGGUGAAUUAUCCCUUUAAAGACAAACUCUGUAUAUACAGCAUCAUAUCGGUAAUUCAUUUCCUGAAAUUAAUUUACUGGUGACCAUUUUAUAUGAAACAAGUCAUACAACAAAUAUCUACCAGUGCAGAUUAUUCAAACAUUUCAGAAUUUUGAAUAAUCAUGCUGCAUCAUUUCUAAAUAAUCUUAGUAAACCUCACACUAUCACAGCCCCUGUUGCAGUACAUGAUAAUAAAAUGGCUUUUGCACAGAGCAGAUAUUCAAAACAUUUAUUUUCAAACUUCCUCUUGCUUCAGCCGACUGUUAAACUUACGUUGUCUCUGUUAUCAGUUCAAAUGGUGCUCAGUUUCAUUGCUGCCUAUAACAGAAGAAUAAGCUGGUCACAUAAUAAGCUGAAGGUGUAAAAGAAAAGCUGGAACCAUUCUCUGUGUGCAGAACUAAAGUGAUGUCUGAAUGUUAUUUUCUGACUGGUGCUGUAAUGUUGCCUCGUUCAUUCUAAAUAAACCGCAUUGUUGAAUAA